AUGUACCGUUCCUCGAAGCAAACGGGAAAGGAGAAUGCCGUCUCUUUCAAAACACCUAGGCAAAAAAAUGUAAAACCAGCCAAGUUUAAUGCCGCGAAGACUCCGUUCGCUGCUUCCGUUACGAACUCGAACAUCAAGAAUAAAACAGAAAAUGCAAGAAAUGACAAGGCAAUAAAGUUCAGUGAUGCGAGUACUCCUACUUCUUCAAUUAUAAAUUCCUCUAUACCCAGCCAAAAAACGAAAACGCCGAUACGCGCGUUAAGAGAUAUUACUAACAAGACACCGCAUGCCAAAGCCGUAAAGUUUGCUCAAGAAACAAGCAGUGAGAAAGCAACAUUUUCAAAGCAACAAAGUCAAAGGACGAUUUUAAGUGAAAGCACGCCAAAAAAAUUUUUUGCCGCAGAAAAAACUGACAACAAAGGUUUUGAUGAAUGCCCAGAUGAAAUAGAGAGCAGUAAAGAGGAAAUUUUUGAGUCAAAAUUGGAUGCGAAAGAAGAGGAUGUGCCAGACGUUGAAUAUUGUCCACCGCCAGUUGAAGAAUCACCCUACGAACCUUCGGACGAACUUAAAAUUAACUUUGAAUUCUUCAAGGAACCUCCUAGCGCUUACGCGUAUGAAUUUGAAAACAUCGAGUUUAAAGAAGCGCCGUUUCCAGUGAUUGACUCAAGCGAAUAUCAAAGCGGAGAUGUCCUGGACUAUUAUGAUUUGUAUGGAAUUGACGAAUCGACGAAAAAAUUUGAUCUUGGAAAUGAUUUUGAAUUCGUAACUGCAUUUGACGACUUUCAAUUCGACCUCGCGUAA